AGCGACUUUCUGAGCGACCAGCACUAGUGUUUGGGGCAACAAAAAGAAAACAACACCGCCGCUAAGUUUUAAAGUAUUAUUUUGUUAAAUUAACAUUGUAAAGAUUGCCGGCAAGAUGGGGCGCCGCUCUAUUAACACCACAAAGAGUGGCAAGUACAUGAACCCCACAGACCAGGCGCGCAAGGAGGCCCGAAAAAAGGAGCUUAAGAAGAACAAGAGGCAGCGCCAAAUGGUGCGGGCGGCGGUGCUGAAGAACAAGGACCCUUCGCAAAUUCUCGAAGAGAUGGAGAAAAUCGACGAGAUGGAGUACAACGUGCUGCAGCCGUCGCCGUUGAACGAGAAGGUGCUUCGCGACAAGCGAAAGAAACUGAAGGAAACCUUCGACCGGGUGAUGCGACUCUACCAUAACGACGAGCCUGAGCACUGGGCGGACCUUAAGCGAAAGGAGGUGGAGUACGAAAAGAAGCGCCUGAAGAAGCAGCAGUACUAUGAGAGCGUCAAGCACGCCCAGAGCGUUCAGAUCGACGAGAUCCCACUGCCCGCGCCCGUGUCUGCGGCCAUUCCGGGCGGUCCUACCAGCUCUGCUGGGGGGCCGAUUGUCGGGGGCUUCGGAGCCGCCGUUGGGAUACGCCUUCCCCCGCCUCCCAUGACCAUGGCCCUACCGCCCUACGCCCCCGGUGCACCACCGGGCGUCGCAAAAAACAGCGAUGCGUCGGCCUGCGAGGCGCAAACUGACAAGGCGAAGGAGGAUGAAGAGAAAGAUUGGCUGGGAGUGCCCCCGGGACCGCCACCAGACCUGUUUGCACUGUCCGAACUCGAUUCCGAUGCCGAGGGCAACACUGACUAUGACGACGAGGUCGAGGAGGAGGAGCAGGAGGCGCCAAAGAGGAGCAAGGGCAAGGAAAAUGAGUCCUCCGAGCCGAACAACCAAAACAUAGAUGACUUCAUGAAGGAAAUGGAGCACGUGCACAAGCGCAAGCACCGCAGGCUGGCGGCCGAGGAGGACGAUUUAAACAGACUGCGCGACGAGGACGAGGACGCGGAGGUAGAAAAGCGCCAGGAACGAGCCUCCAGCUCGGACCGAAAGACGGCCAGUAGCAGCGACAGCGACAACAACGAUGAUCCGGACGAGGACUCAGAAAUGGCCGAACCGCCGGCCAAGCUUGCUACAUCAAAAUCCUCCUCCGGCCCGCCGUCGCAACCAACUCCGGCGCCUCCAACGGCGCCGACCUUGCCGACUAUUCCACUGCCCCCUGCUUCGGCGGUGCCAGCGCCUCCUCAACUGCCGCAGCUGCCGCCCAUGCACAACAUAGGCCCGCCGGGCAUCAUGUACCGCCCUCCGCCAUUGCGACCACCUCACGCGGGCACCGGUUUCGGCAUGCGCAUGCCUCCCGGACCGCCGCCAGGAGCGAGGCCACCGCACGGCCUGGGGCCCAUGCCCCGAAUGGGCAUCAGGAUGCCGCCGGGGCCACCACCAGGUCUGCCCCCUCGCCUGGCCCACCACAACAAGCAGGGCGGCGGCGGUCCGCCCAAGGACUCGGCCAAGGGGGUGACCACCAUCACCGCCAAGCCACAGAUCAGGAACCUGAGUGCGGACGUCACCCGCUUCGUGCCCUCCACGUUGCGCGUGAAGCGCGAGGAUCAGCGCCGGACGGCAAGGCCCAGACACGCACCGAGCGAUGGCCACCACGCCCCCUCCGAGGCACACAACAAGCCGCCCACGAAGGACGACGCCUAUCUGCAGUUCAUGAACGAGAUGCAGGGCCUGCUGUAGGCCGGCCGGGAGUUCUGUAAGUUGUGUAGUCUAAGUCCUAGAUAAAGUGUCAUCUAAACGAA